AUGGAGAAUUCGCAGUUGCGAAGAAAGGAUACGACAAAGGGCCCGCCCUUGAGGGUCCUUUCUUUAGACGGGGGUGGUGUUAGGGGUUAUUCGAUGCUUAUUCUGCUGCAAGAGCUGAUGUACCGAACAUACGUCGAAUGCGAGGGACAAGCGCCUCGACGAGAUCAAAUCCCAAAGCCCUGCGAUUACUUCGACCUCAUUGUCGGCACCGGCACCGGUGGCCUGAUCGCCAUCAUGCUGGGUCGACUACGACUUGAUCUGGAAACAUGCAAGGAAAUGUACGUUCGCAUGACAAAACGGGUCUUUGAGACGGACAAAACCAUAGCAGGCAUCCCGUAUCGCUCCACGUUGUUCAAGGCGUCGAGGCUGGAGGAGGCAAUCAGACAGUGCGUUCGCGAACACACGAUAUAUGAAUCUGAGGGAAAUGACGUGGGCAACUCUAGCACCGUUGAGAUAACGAGCCCGGUAAAUUCGAUCCCUCAGCGCACUCUGAGCCGUUCUAGUAUGAGCUCGACCAAUACUUCACGCCCACCUCCCUCUCCAAAAAGCCAACGAAAUUCAGUCUUCCUGAAUGGCUUCCGAUUUGGCAACCCAGACGCUGCCCUUUAUGAUAAUCGCGAGUAUCGUACCAAAAUGGCUGUCACCGCCAUGUACAAAGGUUCCAGGGGAAAUGUGCCUCCAGUAUUACUUCGAUCUUACGACUCAAGAAGAGAGCCACCUCCUGAGUUUGAGUGCACGAUCUGGCAGGCCGGACGCGCCACUUCUGCAACUGGCCUCGCUUUCAAGCCUAUACAAAUCGGACAGCACGUGUUUAUUGAUGAAGGCGCUGGAAAUUUCAACCCAGCACCAGUCGCACUCGACGAAGCGGUUUUGAACGAAUGGCCAGGUCGAGAAGUAGGUGUUUUUGUUAGCGUGGGGACAGGAAAACGCCCAUCCGGCACAAACCAUCGCCAACACGAGUGGUGGGAGGAUUUCGUCGGUGAUGCCUUGGGGACUUUCGCAGAAGCUCGCCGACGUCUAAUCGCCAAGAUCGAAGGUUGCGAGGAGACUCAUCAACAGAUGCUGAAGGAGUAUCUGGCGAAACGCAAUGUGAAACAAGAGAACUAUUAUCGAUUAAACGUGGAAGUUGGCGUGGGAGAGUUUGGAAUGAAUGAAUGGAAUCGUCUAGCGGAUAUCAGCACCAACACACGUCGAUACCUUUCUAAAUCAGAAGUCCAGCGGAUGACUUUGGAUGCUGCGUCUAAGUUGGCUAGAAUUGAGAGGAUGCAUCGCCGCCUCGCGUCGCACUCUGCUGCCAUGGCUCAGGAACCCAGCCGCCAGGAGCCGGCCUUCGAAUUUACUCCCACUCCUACUGUUGUAGUACCUCCGCCCUCCAAUCCAGCCGCUGUUGAGCUGCCUGCGGAAGAUGUCGCGGUUGGUCAUCGGCCACAUGGAACAGGGGUUCAUUCCCGUGUUUCAGAUGAGAAGAUUGCGAUCAUGGGGCCUGAUGAGUUCGGUCCAUCUCCAGGCUCCUUGCCAGUUCGUCCGGCUUCACAAGAUGCCCCUGCACCUCGCAGAUCCGGAGAAUACCGACCUAGCCCAUCUUCGGGUUCCCCGCGCCGUAGUGGUGAUCUCGAAGCUCAUGUCCCUCCGCCUCUACCACCCAAAACCCCGAUCCCGUAUCCAGACGAUGGCGGGAGUACAGGAAUCUCGAUGCCUCUUCCAGGGCCUCCCCGAAUGGCACAGUCGAACCCCAGCCAUCCUCGUCCGCCAUACCCUGUCGAUGGACCUCCUGCGGUAAACAAACUACGAAAACCGACUUACAAUGUGAGGUGA